AUGCCAGGUCCGCUGGGCAAAGUUCUGGAAAUGGCCCGCCGAGCUGCUCCCACGGCGCCGGACGGCAAGACGGAUGAGCAUGCUGCGGGAGGGGCGUCGGAUGAGAAGACAUCUAUUCUAUACGACCUGCUGCAUUUGGGCAGAACCAACAGAAGGACAUUGUAUCAAGCGUUCAACACCCUCGCUGCCGGAGAGCCGCUUGACGACAAAAAAUGGCUACUCGAGAAGGGUGUAUCCAUGCUUCAAGGCCUACCUCCGAAUAGCGGGCUCAGUGCUCGCGUUUCCGGUGGCUUCAUCAAGAUGCUAUGGCACGACCUCCCUCAUCCACCUCCUGCACUGGCGGGACCCGAGAACCGCUAUAGACGGCAUGACGGUGGAGGCAACAACCACUGGGAUCCUGAGAUGGGCAAAGCCGGCACCCCAUACUGUCGGAGCGUUGCACCAGGCAAGGCUACGGGCCCUAAUCUUCCGGACCCAGAGCUGGUCUUCGAAAAGCUUCUGAAACGUACCGGCGCUUUUAGACCGCAUCCAUCCGGACUAAACCGACUGUUCUUUUCCUUCGCCACUAUUGUCAUCCAUGAGUGCUUCCAAACCAACCGAAAGAAGCAAUGGAUCAACGAAACAUCCAGCUACGUCGACCUCAGCACUCUAUACGGCAAUACAGGCGAGGAGCAGAAGAGAGUCCGAACAUAUGAGAAUGGCAUGAUCUAUCCGGACUCGGUUGCAUCAGAACGCAUUAUGCUGAUGCCGCCCGGGGUCAUUGCGGUUCUGCUGAUGUUCUCACGUAAUCACAACGAGAUUGCAUAUUCGCUGUGGUCUGUCAACGAGCAGAGCAAGUAUGGCGACUGGGAGGACUUGACAGAGGAGCAAAAGAAAUGGCAAGAUGAAGAUAUCUUUCAAAUUGCUCGAAACAUCAACGUUGGCUUCUUUGCCUCGGUCGUCCUCAAGGACUAUGUUGCAGCCAUCUUGAACACCCCACGAGCCAACUCGGAAUGGUCUCUUGAUCUCGGCGGCGAAAUCAAAUUACGCGGCGACCGUGUUGAACGUGGCGCUGGCAACGUCGUCUCCGUCGAAUUUGCCGUUCUUUACCACUGGCAUGCUGCUCUCAGUGCGGCUGACGGAGACUGGAUGGAGGACAUGCUCCGAUCAAAUCUUCCUGAUCUGAAAUCAAUUGAUGACAUGACACCCGAGCUCUUCGCCCAGGUUGUGAAACAAGAAGGUCACCGACUUAUGUCGACACCACCAAAGGAGUGGACCUUCGACGGCCUGAAGCGAGGACCUGAUGGAAGGUUCAGCGAUGCUGACCUCGGUAAGAUCCUGAAAGACUGUGUCGAAGAACCCGCCCACGCCUUUGGUGCCCAUGGCACACCCGCAAGUCUGAAAGUCGUAGAUAUCUUGGGACAGCUGCAAGCCCGCGGCGUGUUCAAUGUCUGCACCUUGAACGAGUUCCGCAAAUACCUGAACUUGAAGCCUUAUGAGAACUUCCUUCAAUGGUGUGAGGAUGCAGAAACUGCUCGCACCGCCGAGUUGUUGUAUGGCCACAUCGACAACAUGGAGCUCUAUCCAGGCCUACAGGCAGAGUGCACCAAGCCUCCUAUGCCUGGUAGUGGUGUGUGUCCCGGUCAGACUACUGGCCGUGGUAUUUUGGACGACGCAGUAUCACUUGUUCGGGGCGAUCGUUUCCUUACCUACGACUUCAACAGCAGUACCCUCACAAACUGGGGUGUGUCAAAGCUCCGCUCCAGUACUGCAGGUGGUGCUUAUGGCGGUGUGCUUCCGACCCUGCUCUUCCAAGGACUUCCUGGCGAGUAUACUGGCACAUCCACCUACGCUCUUCUCCCAUUCUACACCCCGAAAGCCGUGCGAGGCAUUCUGGAAGGCAACGGUGUAAUCCAACAGUAUGAUCUCCACCGACCCCAACAGAAUACCACCAAGAUCGUUGGCAUCCAUACCCAGGAUGGGGUCAAGAGGAUCUUCGAGGACCGCGACAAUUUCCGUGUCAUGUAUCAAGCUGCCAUCAAGAACUGCACUGAUGGCCACGACUUCAUGAUCGGCUGGGACCAGCAACGUCGCCACGAUGAACGCUCCAAGCUCCUGCAUCAUGUCUUCUUCGAGAAAGGGUUCGAAGCCAAUGUUGCCCAAUUCUUCCGCAACAAUGUGCAAAAGCUGAUCGAGAAGAACUCUUUAUCAUACCCUGAUGGCCGGCGCUCGAUCGACAUUGUGCGCGAUGUCACCAACGUCACCCCCAUACUCUGGCUUGCCGAGCGAUUCGCUGUUCCAUUGAAGUCCGAGGAAAACCCUCGCGGUCUCAUCACCCGCGCCGAGCUCUUCGACAUCUACCUCGUCCUUUUCAUGUAUCAGAGCUUCAACAUCCUGCCUCAGAACGAAUGGAAGCUCCGCGAAGGCAGCAUGAAGGUCGCGCCUCUCCUACGCGGCGUUCUCCACGGCCACCUCUCCACCCAACAGGGCGGCUACAAAGAAGUCUUCGCCGACAUCGUGGAGAAAGGCACCGCCUACGAAGUCAAGCCCGACGCCGACCGCCUAUACAAGGAACUCGCCAAGUCGGGCCUCCCCGCGGGCGACCUCGUGGGCGACUGCAUCGGCAUGGGCGCCCCCGUAGCCGGCAACCUCACGCAACAAGCCUCCCUGCUCAUCGACCUGUACCUCAGCCCGGGCUACGAGAAAUACAAAGCUCGCAUCGUCGAGCUGGCCCAUCGCGACGACGCCGCCGGCGACAAGGAACUCCUCGGCUUCGUCUACGAAGGCAUGCGCCACGCCGGCGUCGUCCCCGGGCUCCCCCGCGUCGCCGCGCAGGACAUCACCGUCAAAGACGGCCAGCGCGGGCCCAUCCGCAUCAAGGCCAACCAGACGGUGCUGAUCGCCACGUCGCGCGCCGCCAUGGAUCCCGUCGCCUACCCGAACCCGGAACUUAUCGAUCCGCACCGCCCCAUCUCGUCGUACACGCUGCUGGGCCACGGCCUGCACUUCUGCUUCGGCGCCCGGCUGGUGGCGCCCAGCCUGGUGUCGACGCUCAAGGAGGUGUUCCGGCUCAAGAACCUGCGGAGGGCGCCAGGGAGGCAGGGGAAUUUCAGUACGUUGAAUCACCAUGUGGCGGGUGUCAAUAUGCGCGUGUAUCUGGAUGCGAACUCGAAUGAGAGUCCGAUUCCGACCACGUUGACGCUGCUUUACGAUGGGGAGGAGGAGAUGCAGAUGAAUGGCGUGGCGGAUGGGGAGGUUACGAGGAUGGCUGCGUCAUGGGCUUGA